AUGCACAUGUGUGUGAACAGCCUGGAUGUGGGUGCGUAUUUCCAGAAGCUCGUCUUCUGGAGCUGCACCAAACAGAGAAUCAUGACCCCCUGGCAGCCCUUCGAAAGGAUCGAGGAGAGAAAAUCGUGUGUUCACUCAUCGCUCAAACCGUUUUAUGCAUUGACCAUUGGCCUCCAGUUCGCAUGUCAUCUAGCAUCGUGCCCCCGCACAUUUGCAACACCCAAAGCUCGGCGACUGCAUCUCAUCUCAUCACACGGUUACCCAAAGGAAUACUUCUUCGCUGUCACCAACAAAGGUGUCGGUGGUCUUCUCAAGAAAUGGGGUGAGGGUGCAAGCAUGAUCAGAGGCAAAUGGAAACCCAGAGAUGGAGCGGAUAAACCUACCAGCAGAGGAUCUGGCAAAUCUUACCUCUCCAAUAAAGCGAUGGAUGUGGAUCCCAACACCUAUCGAGAUACAAUGGAUGUCGACAGCGAUGACUCUGAUGAUGACGAUGACGAUGAAAGCUCUUCGGAAGACGAGACUAUGACAAGGGAAAAGCAACCUGGUAGUCGAAUGGUGCUAGACCCCGAAGCCACCCCGCGACUGCCCCUCGCAUCUAAACCGUUGCCGGCGGGGACGCCCCCUACUACCUCGUCGCCGCUUCAACCAGUAGACCCAGCGGACGCUCUCACUUCAGGGUUCUCUUCCCUUUCCCUUGUUCCACCCGCUGUCAGGUUCGGUCGAGGUGGUCGCAACACUGGUUUCGCUGCGAGGAUUGAUAAACCAACUGCUCCGACCCCCGAGCAACCUCUGGACGCCGGGACCCAGAUGAGUAGCAAUCAUCUUGCGGCAGCUCAGCGCGGCCGUGGAGGAGGCAAGGCUAACACCCAUAACACUUCGACUGCCCACGAGAUCGCGCCCGUUCAGUCGCAAGCUGUACCUGACCGAAUGCGAACUCGGGGGAGGGGUCGCGGCAUCGGAAGGGGACGAGGAUAUUGA